AUGGUCGCGACACUUGAACCUGAGCUCAAGGAUGAGGAGUGCGCUGCCGACUGCCAUCACGUUCGAGAUCCUAAUGCACGUCCUGAGGCUUUCAAAUCCACUUUCCAAGAGGUUCUUUGUGUGAUUGUCGUUUGCUUUGCGGUGGCAACCAGUUCAAUUCCGGAAGGCAGUUUCCAAACAAGCCUCACGGAUCUAGCUGACAGCUUUCAGGUCAAUGGAGGCCAGCUGGUGUGGAGCGUUUCGUCAAUUGUGCUCUCGAGUGGAAGCUUUCUGCUGAUUGGUGGUAAGCUUACUGACUGUUUCGGCCGACGUCGUGUGAUGCUUUUCUGCUUUUUGGGCUUCACUCUGGCGUCACUGGUAGCGGGGUUCAUGAAAAACUUCAUCGGUCUGGUCAUCCUCAGGGCCAUUGAGGGUCUAUUUUUUGCGCCUCUGAUACCUGCGGGUGCUGGUCUCAUAGGAUCGUUGUACAAAGAGUCGCGACGACGCAAUGUUGCGUUUGCCGUGUUCUCCAGCGGUGGUGCCGUUGGAUAUAUAGCUGGUCUUCUGAUCGGCGGCGUGUCUGUUACUGCAUUCAGCUGGAAGGCUGUGCAAUUUUUCACUGCUAUAUUUUUCGGGGCAGUGACUGUAGUUGCAUAUUUUGUGAUCCCCAAAGACAAACCCUUGGACAGGACAACGGUCAAGCAAACGUUACUGAAGCUAGAUUAUCUCGGGUCAGUUUUGAUUCUUGGUGCAUUUGCCCUCAUCUCGUUUUCUCUUACGCAGGUCGACGCAACAAAACGUAGAUGGCACACCCCUUACAUCUACUCUCUUCUGCUCGUUGGAAUUCUUCUGCUGGGAGUUUUUGUUCUGGUGGAGCUGUACGUGGCGCGCGACCCGAUCAUGCCAAUGCAGCUUUGGAAAAACAACAACUUCGUGCUCUGCAUGGCGGUGGCAUCGCUCACGUGGGUGACGUUCAUCGGGUGUCUGGGAUACUACCCGAUGCUCUAUUUCCAGGAUAUUAAAAAAUGGGGAGCCCUGCACACUGCACUUGCGGCAAUGCCGAUGGGGGUGAGUGGCAUCUUCGCAAACCUAUUUGUUGCGGUUUCGUUUCACGUGAUCUCUGGAAAACUGAUGCUCAUACUAGGGAACGCCUGCAUUUUGGGAGCUAGCAUUAUCUGGGCUACCACAGACUACCACAGAAAUUACUGGCUGGGUCCGUUCUGGGGCUACAUUUUGUCAGCCAUUGCUUGUGAUAUUACCUACAACGUCUGUACCAUGGUGACCAUGUCUGCCGUCGACGUGAAAGACCAGGGGGCGGCAGCUGGAGUGUUUAACACAAUUCUUCAGCUAGUCACAGUGGUCGGGCUCAGUUUAGGUUCAGUUUUAAUUUCAGCCCGAGAUCCAUACUACGGAGAGCCGGAGCAAAAUUUACACCCAAAGGCCCUGUUCUAUGGCAUACGAAACGUUUAUUAUCUGGCGAUCGGGUUCAGCGCGGCAGCGCUAAUCAUAUCGCUUUUCGUCAGCGUGGGCACUUCAGGCGGUGGCAAGGCCGAGAAUGAAGCGGAGCUCUGCCAAAAGCCCUAG